AUGUCUGCAGCUCCUGAGCAAGCAUCUAAACCAAGUGGUGACUGGUCUCGAUUAUUAUUAAAUAAAGUAGUUAUUGUAACUGGUGCUGGUGGAGCUAUUGGUUCUGCAAUAGUACAUGCAUGUAUAUUGCAUGGAGCACGUGUGGUAGUAUCUGAUAUCAAUAAAAAAGCAGCUGAUGAUGUUGUAAUGAAAAUUAUGAAUGAAGAUGAAACUAGAAAAGAAUAUAUUAUGGCAAUUGAACUUGAUGUGACUGAUGAACAAGCAAUUCAAAAUGCAGUAAAAACUGUCGUAGAUAAAUGGAAUACAGUUGAUGUACUUGUCAAUAAUGCUGCUAUUUUUACAUUGUGUUCAGUUGAGAAUGCAUCAGCAGAUGCAUGGUCUAACAUAUUGAAUGUUAACGUACGUGGUUAUGCUCUCAUGGCUAAAGCUGUUGUUCCUUUACUAAAAAAACAACGAUCAGGUUCAAUAAUUCAAAUGGCUAGUAUCAGUAGUUGGAUUGCACAACCUGAAUUUGUACCUUAUAGUACAACAAAAGGAGCUAUUCUACAAAUGACACGUAAUUUAGCACUUGAUUUGGGUCCAUUUAAUAUCCGAUGUAAUGCUAUUUGUCCUGGUACUAUUCUCACACCAGCGACAGUUACUCAUGCAGCUAAUUUAAAAUUAACAAUGGAUGAAUUUUUUACAGAAGAAGUAAAAAAACAAUGUUUAAAACGAUUGGGUACACCUCAAGAGAUAGCUAAUUUAACAGUAUUUCUUGCUUCAGAUUUAUGUCAUUUUGCAACAGGUGCUAGCUUUUUAGCCGAUGGAGGUUAUACAACUAUUUAG